AUGGAUGCGGUGGUGUUUUGCUUUACUUGGGUUUUCAAAUUAAAUAUUCUGGGUAGCGUUGGUAGGCGGGUUGCAGAUUAAAGCACGUUUGACGGUUUUAUACUGUUCUUUUUGCAGAACAUUUUUUUUAAAGAAUGUCUUUGGCUCUUCGCGCAGCUGCCGUCAAUGCCGAAAAUGCUGCUCCGAUGGGCAAGGCGGCUAUGGUGGGAGGAAGGAGGCCGGCGUUGGGGGAGCUUUCCAACAUUUCCAAAGUGUCCAUAGUCAAGAAGACGGCUACGACCUGGAAAGCUGCCGGCCUGAAAGCUACCAAAGGCCCUUCCCAGCCGCAGGGUAAGGCGGCCGCGGCGCAGCCGCGAUGUGUCCCGGCUCCGGCUCCGGUCAGUGCGCCUGUUCCAGCGGCGCCGGUUUGCGCAGAUGUUUCCAUGAAGGAGGAGGAGGACCUGUGCCAGGCCUUCUCGGAUGCGCUUCUGGCUGUAGGAGACAUCGAUGAAGGAGACGCUGACAUGCCUCAGCUGUGUUCCGAAUACGUAAAAGACAUCUACGUGUAUCUCUGGGAGCUUGAGGCGCAGCAGUCCGUCCGUCCGAAAUACAUGCAGGGCUAUGAGAUUAAUGAGCGCAUGCGUGCUCUUUUGGUCGACUGGCUGAUCCAGGUCCACUCCAGGUUCCAGCUUCUGCAAGAAACAUUGUACAUGACUAUUGCCAUCAUUGACCGCUUCCUGCAGGUGCAGCCGGUCUCCAGACGUAAGCUGCAGCUGGUUGGAGUGACUGCCAUGCUGAUUGCUUCGAAGUAUGAGGAGAUGUACGCCCCGGAGGUCAGCGACUUCGUGUACAUCACCGACAACGCUUUCACGAAGGCCCAGAUUCGCGAGAUGGAGAUGAUGAUUCUGAGACACCUCAACUACCAGCUGGGGCGGCCCCUUCCCCUGCAUUUCCUCCGGAGGGCUUCGAAAGCGGGCAAUGCGGAUGCGGAGAAGCACACGCUGGCCAAGUACUUAAUGGAGCUGACCCUGACCGAUUACGACACGCUGCACUACAACCCCUCUGAAAUCGCUGCUGCUGCCCUCUGUCUCUCUCAGCUGGUGCUCGAAGGACAGAGAUGGUCUGCAACACAGCAGCACUACACCACGUAUACUGAAGACGGCCUCAAGCCAAUAAUGCAGCACAUGGCCAAGAAUGUGGUCCGGGUCAAUGAAGGUCUUACCAAACACCUUGCUGUGAAGAACAAAUAUGCAGGCAGUCGGCUAAUGAAGAUCAGUGUCAUUCCUCAGCUGAAGUCUGCAGUCAUCAAGGACCUGGCUGCCCCUCUGCUGUGAGGCCACAUCACAGGCUUGACUGCUGCACUUUUGAGGAUCUGGGGGGGGUGCUAUUGGGGGUUUUAUGUACAUUUUGUGAAAUACUAUGUAUAAAUGUUUUAAAGGUGUUCGAUUGCUUGUUUCUGACAAGUAGUUUUACCUGUUUGGUGUGGUAAUACCACAAUUCUUUCAGUGCUUUGGACGAAUUUUUUUUUUUCUCUCUUCCUAAUUAAAAAGCCAAUAAUGCAUUGACAGAA